UGGAUUGUCAGACGGCGUCUGCCUCUCUGAAGUUUGCAGUGGUUUCCUUUCCAGCCUGGCCUUAUCUCGGUCUGCACGUUGCCUCUCGGUGACUAAUAACACAAUAACAUUGUCUCCGGAUAAAAUAAAGUAGGAGCUGUUUACCCGCUCUAUGGGGGUUCGGUAUAAAAGGGAGCUGGCGAGAGCUGUCCAAGCCAGAAGCGCUCAGGCAGUCGCGCUGGAGAAGGAGCCUCCAGGUUUCCCAGCGCUGCUUUGGAGCCUGUUACUGGGUUUGCAGCUCGCCCUGUCCCAAGGGAGCAGCUUUCCCUUCCGAGGGCGCCUCUGGUGAAAAGCUUCCCCCGGGCUCUGCAGUUGAGAACUAACCGCUGCAGGGAGCAGGGCUCGUGGCUUGUGCUUUUGGGCUGCAAAGGAGCGACCGGCUGGCGUAGGCGGGAUGGAUUGUACACAGAUGAUUCUCUCCCUGCUCUUCGUGCUCUGCCCAGGAGCCCAGGACACAGCCUUAGGUGCUGAACUGAGCGCUGCUGCGGCCGCUUCUGUCGCCGAGGUUCGUCCUUCUAGCGCCACCUGGCCGCUGCGCAGGUCUAAGCGCUGCUCCUGCUCCUCCUUGAUGGACAAGGAGUGUGUCUACUUCUGCCACCUCGAUAUCAUCUGGAUCAACACCCCGGAGCGGACUGUGCCGUAUGGGCUUGGUGGCCCUUCUCGAUCGAGGCGGUCUCUGGAAGAUACAACCCCUCGGAAGCAACCAGAAUCUAGCAAGAGAUGCCGGUGUGCCAACCAAAAAGACAAGAGGUGUCUGAACUUCUGCCAAACAGGAAAAGAACUCUGGGCUCAGUCCACAAUGGAGAAGGGCUGGGAUCAUCUUAACAAAGGUGAAGAUUGCCUGGGACUUGGACUGAAGUGUGUGCACAGGCAACUACUUAACAGCAGGAAAAUGAGAAGACUAGAAGCCAUUGGUAACAGUAUCAAAGCUUCCUUCAGUAUCGCAAAGUUAAAGGCUGCACUGCAUGAAGUGAAGAGGCUGAAGCAUAACAGAACACAUAAAAGGCAAAGCAUCUGGGAAAGUCUGAAAACAACUUCUUAGUGGGGAGAUCACCAACCCUAACCCUGCUCCAUCAACAAUAACUGAUAGAGCAUUGCCGAAGCUCUGUUUUGACUUUCACAUUCCACAUGGCAAAGGCAUGUUGUUCUAAAUAUUAAGCCACCCUCUAACCUCCACCCCAAAGAUAGCUAGAAGAGAACCUAAAGAAAUCUUAUAUUUGGACAAGGUAAAAGCAAUAAAGACCUAACAAGUCAUCCUUCUGGACUCCAAUUGGAUGUGUUACAUUAACAAACGUUGAUUGAUAGCCGUCUGUCAGAAUAAAGGGAACGUUUGAAUGUUGCUUCUGAAAAGAUGGUGUAAAAUGGAGUGUUGUUGAUCAGUUUGGCAGAUUUCAGGGAGAAAAAAAAAGACUAAUGCCAAAAGAUGUUGCAAGGAAUACCUGAUACAGAAACUCCUAAAAAGAAGAGAAAUCAAGAUUUGAAAGGAGAGACUAUUUUUUUUACUUAUAAAUUAAAAUGGAAAGUGAACAACAUUGUGCUACUUUAAUCAGCAGUCAUUGCAUAGAUACAAGUCUACCUCACAUACUGUAUGUUGCACUCCUGCAAAAGUAUUUUUUACAAAGUAUUGCCUUUACUUAUCAGCCACAACCCUUUGCCUUUUUCAGCAGUCUGGUUUACUAGAACAACCACAGUUAUCUGAACGGCAGGGCAGACGUUGUGUUUAUUUGGCUAACCAAGGUUUUGGAUAAAGAAAGGAAUUUUCAACAUAAAUAUUAGACAACAGGGGACAUGAUCUUGUUUAACAUAAUAGGGAGAUUUGGACAACUGAAGGUCUAAUAAUAGGGUUUGUACUGUAUUGCAGGUUGCCAAUAAUCCACUGACCCUGAUGUGUAACAGAAAGUGUUGCUAGAUUAAGGUUUUCUUCAGUGUCUUGUGUGAUGUAAAUUUGUGGAGACAGAGGGUUGUUUAAAAUGAAAUCAAAAGGCUAAUAUCGGGUGACUGUUUAUAGCAGUGGAUUUACUCACAUUAUUGAAUUUGCUGACUGAGGGCUGAUGGAAUUUUAUGAUGUGCUUAUUUUUUUAACAAAUAUUUAUGUUCCUACAAAUUAUUCCUUUAUAUUUACCAUGUUGAAUAUACAUUGGAAUGGGCCAUAUUGGUCUAUGCAUGUUUUAUGUAUUUCUGUGUGAAAUCGGGAAAUGCUUUGUGCCUGUCAAGGUAAAUAUCUUUAGAAAUAAAU